CUCAUAAAAUAACAUGUCGCCGUCAAAGAAUAAAUAAUUUUCAUUUAGCAUUCAGUGCAAUGGAUGGGUUUACAGAAUUUUUGAAAAAGCUUGACGCAUGCGCAUGGAUCGAAAGCAAGAUGGCGUCUUAUUUGGUUGCCUUGACGGCUGAAGGUGGAAUUCCUUUGUUUACGAGAACUAAAGGUGAUCUUCCUCAGUUGCCAUUUCCUGUUUUGGGCUCAUUAAAUGGAGUUCACAUGUUUGCACGAAAUCAAGAUGUCAAACUUCUGAAUACAAUCACAGAGGGAGAUGCAAAAGUUGUAUGGAAAAUGUUUCACGACAGUGUAAUUCUUAUCUUGGUGACGUCCAAUGAUGACUCCAGUGACUUUCACACGAUAAAUUUUCUGGAUCUCAUUUACAAUGCAAUGGUUCUUCAUGUCGGUUCAAAUGCAGUAACUGCUACACAAAAUGUGGAAAAACUAAAACGAGAUCUUCGGGUCUGUUAUAGCGUUUUCGAUCGCAUUAUGGAAGGCAGCGAUCUCUGUGGUUAUCUUACACUGGCUGUUGAUGUCAUACUUUGUAUGGAUGUGGCCGUUUUACAGGAGUAUCUUGAUGCUUUUGUGGAAGCCGUAAAUAGCGAGUUUGGUUGUCUUUUGGUCAUGGGAAAAGUAGCUGUUGCUUCAGGACGGUGGUGGGAUCUAAGCAGUACAGAAUUGGUUUUAUUAUCGCUAUUGAUUACGUCUCAGCCGGAAUGCUCCUCAAGAGACAUUCCGAUUUUUCUUCCACAAGGCAGCCCAAAGGUUGCUCACAGACUCGCAACUUUUCAGAUUGUGGAGGGUGUCGAGAUUUGCGUUAUUUGUGGGCCAAAUCCAAGUUUACUAGAAAUUGAGGAGAAGUUUUUGUUCAAUUACUGGAAUCCUGCCAUCGAUAAUGUUAAACAAUGUUUGCUCUCGCAUCCAAGGAAUUUGACCCCUUCAAUGUCAUUGGAUAACGGUGUUCUUGGAUUUAUUUUAGUGAACACCGACGAACGAAAGUGUUUGUGUAGCGUCUUUCCCGGUGGUGUACAUUCACUUAAUAAUAAAGCAAACGAAGAUUUAACAAGAACUCGUCGUAAAUCGCUUUUAACAUCAUUCUAUAAGUCAGUCGUUGGUUCGCUGUUUCCCACUCCACAGACUGUCAAACCUUUACCCGAAUAUAUUGACCUGGAUUUUACCCAUAAUGCCAUGGAGACAUACUAUUGUGCUGCUGACCACAAAGCUUAUGCGAUCAGAAAUGAUACCUAUCAACUUUUCGCGUUGUUUUCUAAGAAUGUACCGAACUAUGCACUAAGAAUGUUAACUGAGGAGACAUUGAACGUGCUCACAAAAGAUCGCUUGGUAUGAAUAUAUCGCAGAUUGAUUGAUGCUUAAACGGUUGCCCGUUGAGAGUAUUCGCAAGCCAUUAGUUUGUUUCAAGUCUGCCGGAAGAAGAAAACUGGCCCAUGUUUAGCAGUUACGGAUAUUUUUGCUGAAGAAGACUUUGGAGUGGAUUGUGGUAUCUUUCAACAUAUUUCCAAAAAAAACGCACGCCUUGCACUGGAUAUUUUUUGCCAUCAUGAAGAAAAUGUAGAGAGAAAAUUACUAACCCAAUAAAUGUACAUAUAAAUAACAGUUGUGUAAAAAGAGUAGUUUGUGUCCAUUUUGCUGGAUGGGUAUUUAUUCUAUUUUCUAUAAUCAGUCGUUUGAACUAUGGAGAGUUUAUUCUGGAUCAUGUGACAAAAGUGGUUUUUCUCGGGAAUUUUGUUUGUUUUCAGUUGCAAAACUGCUCUGACUGAUAAUACCUUUCUAUUUUGGCAUUUUCACAACUUUAGCGUCAUUUUUGUUCAAAUUCAUUAUUAAAUCUUCAUAAAACACUGA